UUAUGAUCACAUUUUGCAUGGGGAGAUUUGGUGGAAACAUCCCGUAGAAGUUUGAGACAUGCACACCUGAACCUCAAGAGUCAAGAUAGUAUCUAUUCUCCUUUUGAAUUCGUGAGAGAGUAGAGCAGUAGGGAGACUCAAACCAUCAGCCCUUGGGUUUACCAGGUGUGUUGUUCAAAUGGUUCUACUUGCUGUGCCUGGAGUGCUCAUUUCAACCUUCUUUCUUGGAUGUGCAAUAAAGCUUGCUUUCCCGUAUAAUUGGAGUUGGGAAACAUCUUUAUUGUUCGGGGGGCUACUCAGUGCUACUGACCCUGUGGCUGUUGUGGCAUUGUUGAAAGAACUUGGGGCAAGUAAGAAACUGAGUACCAUAAUUGAAGGAGAAUCCUUGAUGAAUGAUGGGACGGCAAUCAUUGUAUAUCAACUAUUCUUACGCAUGGUUCUUGGAUGGAGCUUUACCUGGGCGUCAGUAAUAAGCUUUUUGCUACAAGUCUCCAUUGGAGCAGUUGCCAUUGGUUUUGCCUUCGGACUGUCAUCUGUUUUAUGGCUGGGAUUUAUUUUCAAUGACACAGUGAUAGAAAUCACACUAACAGUUGCUGUGAGCUAUGUAGCUUAUUUCACUGCACAAGAAUUUGCCAAUUCUUCUGGUGUGCUGUCUGUCAUGACGGUAGGAAUGUUUUACUCUGUCGCUGCUAAAACUGCUUUCAUGGGUGAUGGUAAAAAAAGUCUGCAUUAUUUCUGGGAAAUGGUCGCUUAUAUUGCUAACACAUUGAUUUUUAUUUUGAGUGGGCUUGUCAUAGCUGAUGAUGUUCUUCGAAGUAACAACUUUUCCAAAACCCAUGCUCAUUCAUGGGGCUACCUCAUCCUUCUCUACGUUUUUGUUCAAGUCUCCCGGAUUGUUGUUGUUGGAAUGUUAUUUCCAUUUCUACGUUGCUUUGGCUAUGGUUUAGAUUGGAAGGAAGCUAUUAUUCUCGUAUGGUCUGGUCUACGAGGGGCUGUAGCAUUAUCUCUUUCGUUAUCCGUGAAGCGUUCAAGCGAGAAUGCAUCUCAUAUCAAUCCAGAGACUGGAGCUCUGUUUAUGUUCUUUACCGGUGGAAUUGUGUUCUUGACACUGAUUAUCAAUGGAUCCACAACACAAUUCAUUUUACACAUUUUGGGAAUGGAUAUGCUAUCAUCGGCAAAGCGUCGCAUAUUGAAGUACACAAAGUAUGAAAUGUUGAACAAAGCUGUAGAGGCAUUUGAUAACCUUGGAGAUGAUGAGGAACUUGGACCUGCUGACUGGCCUUCUAUCAAGAGAUAUCUUACAUGCUUAAAUGAUUUAGAGGAUGAAGGAAUUCACCCUCAUUAUUCAUCUGGAAAUGAUGAUAGCCUACGUCAUCUAAAUACGAAAGAUAUCCGAAUUCGCUUCUUGAAUGGUGUUCAAGCUGCUUAUUGGGGAAUGCUCAAUGAGGGAAGGAUAACACAGAAUACUGCAAACAUUCUAAUGGAAUCAGUAGAUGAAGCACUUGACUUAGUAUCUCAUGUGGCGCUGUGUGAUUGGAAAGGCCUAAUAGCUCACGUUAACAUUCCAAACUAUUACAAGUUUCUUCAAACAAGCAUUGUCCCCCAAAAGAUUGUCACGUUCUUCAUUGCUCAGAGAUUGGAAUCUGCUUGUUACAUCUGUGCAGCAUUUCUUCGGGCCCAUAGGAUUGCAAGGCAGCAGUUAAAUGACUUCAUUGGAGACAGUGAAAUUGCAUCAUCUGUGACAAACGAAAGUAUGGAAGAAGGGGAGGAUGCAAGAAAAUUUCUUGAGGAAGUGCGCCUUACAUUUCCUCAGGUUCUCCGUGUUGUCAAAACUAGACAAACAUCUUACGUCGUUCUGAAUCGAUUGAUUGAUUAUGUGCAUAAUCUUGAAGAGAUUGGUCUACUAGAAGAAAAAGAGAUGAUUCAUCUUCAUGAUGUUGUACAGACUGACCUAAAGAAACUCUUACGGAACCCCCCUAUUGUAAAAAUGCCACUUGGUCAUGACUUAAUUAGUAUAAAUCCUUUCCUAGGAGCCCUUCCUUCAUCAGUGUCUGAGUCACUGGUUGGCUGUGCUACAGAAAUUAUGAAGCUAAGUGGUUCUACCCUUUAUAGAGAAGGAGAUAAGCCAAUUGGCAUUUGGCUUAUUUCAAAUGGAGUAGUGAAGUGGACAAGCCAGAUAUCAAGCCAUAAUCACCUGCUGCAUCCCACAUUUACACAUGGAAGUACAUUGGGAUUGUAUGAAGCUCUUGUUGGAAAGCCAUACAUCUGUGAUAUUAUAACUGAUUCAGUGGUUUUCUGUUCUUUUGUAAAAACUGAGAACUUACUUUCUGCUCUUCGAUCUGAUCCUACCAUAGAAGAUGUCUUUUGGCAGGAGAGCGUGACUAUUCUUGCCAAUGUUUUGCUUCCUGAAGUCUUUGGGAAUGCUGGGAUGCCCGACUUAAGAACUCUUGUUGCACGAAAAUCCACACUGAGCUCGUACGUAAAAGGAGAAUGUUUUGAAUUGGCUCACCAUUCUAUUGGUUUUUUAUUAGAAGGAUUUGUGAAGCGUCAAAGUGAUGAUGGCGAGUUAGUAUCCUCUCCUGCAGCAUUAUUGCCAAAUCCUUGCAUAGGCCAAAGUUCCCAAAGAUCUGGAACCGAAGGCAGUUUUUUACAUCAAGCACAUUGGUAUCAAGUUGAGACACGAGCUAGGGUGAUCAUGCUUGAUAUUGGAGCAUUUGAAUCGAUGAGAAGCCACAAUAGAUUGUCAUCGUCGUUUUUAUUACAUCCAGCUGAGCACAUGCCUAGGUCACUUAGUAGAGAGAGUAGGAGUCUAAUGAGUUGGCCUGAACAUUUGUCUAUGAUUGGAGAACAUUACGACAAUCAAGAAGGCACUUCUCAACAGCAACACAUUUCUUCCACACAGGGAAUGCAACCUUUUCUCUCUGGCGGAAAGAUAAGCAGCACCAGAGGGCAUGUUUCAAGUAACGACACCAAAAGCUGUCUUUCUCAAAGUUCGUCAGAUUCAUGUAUUCCAUCAAAUGUUUCACAACCUCGUGGGUAUAAGAACGAAAACGCUGCAGCUGAAGUUAGAGACCAAUCAAGUGAUGAAUCUGGUGGCGAGGAUGAGCACGUCGUUACAAUUGAUUCGCCAAGUGGGCUAUUGUUUCCCUAGCCUUCUUAGACUUUUUUGGUCAUGUAUGGAAGGCAGUUGAUGUUGGUAGUAUUUGUGUCUUCUCGCUUGCAUGGUAAAAAUAGAAUAAGCGAGCAACAGAUUCGAUAUACUUUCUCUCAUUCCGUUUCAGUGUAUCUGUCCAGUUUAACUUUUUAGGCAAAUUUGACAAACUUUAAUACUCCGUAAUCAAUUAUUUUCAAUUUA